UGUAAACAUCACCAAUAAUUUAGAUGCGUAGGGGAUUGAUUUGUUCCAUGAACAGGGAGCUGCAUGCCGAAUGAUUUUCCUCAUUCAAUUCUCUGGCCGGAAUAAGGUCUCUCUGGAGAUUUUCUUUUCAUCGCACCUAUAGCUAAUCAUCGUUUUAUCUAUUCCUGUUUAGGUACGGCGUGAUUGCCGGCAACCGGCGAGCGAUCUUUCAUAAGGUUCCACAAUUCAGCUGUUAGAUUUCUUCGGUUUUUGGUUCCUUUCAAAAUGGCUGCUGGAAGUGGUAGUAGCCAACAGAAUCUUAGAAAAGCUAUUCUAGCUAUUAGAGAUUCUACUAAGGUUGGAAUCGCCAAAGUCAACAGUGAAUAUAAGGAUCUAAAAGUUUCCAUUCUUAAAGCCACAAACCACCUUGAAGUCCUGCCAAAAGAGAAGCAUGUAAGAAAUAUUCUUGGUGCAGUUUCUGGUUCGAGACCCCGAGCAGAUGUUGGUUAUUGCAUACAUACACUUACAAGGCGUCUUGGCAAAACACGUAAUUGGGUGGUUGCACUGAAAACUUUAAUUGUCAUACAUCGUGCAUUGAGGGAAGUUGAUCACUCAUUUUGUGAGGAACUAAUUUACCACAACCAAGGUGGAGGUCAUUUGUUGAAUUUAUCACAUUUCAGGGAUGACUCAAGCCCCAGUGCAUGGGAUUAUUCCACUUGGAUCCGUUCAUAUGCUCUGUAUAUUGAGGAGUGCCUGGAAUGUUUCCGUGUGCUAAAAUAUGAUUUCCAUAGGGAUCAUACGAGAACGAAGAAGUUUGACACUCCUGCCUUGCUCGAGCACUUACCUGCUUUGCAACAGCUUCUUUUCCGCCUUCUUGGUUGCCAGCCAGUUGGAGCAGCUCGAUACAAUUUCAUCAUUCAGUAUGCCCUUUCAAUUGUUGCAGCAGAAAGCGUGAGGCUUUAUGUGGGAAUAACAGAUGGUGUACUUAUUUUGGUUGACAAGUUUUUUGAGAUGCAACGUCGUGAUGCUGUCAAAGCACUUGAAAUCUAUCGGAGGGCAGGAGAACAAGCCCAGAAGUUGUCUGGGUUCUUUGAGAUGUGCAGGAGUCUUGAAUUUGGACGCAAGCAGAAGUACGUCAAAAUAGAACAGGCCCCCGCUUCAUUUUUAACAGCCAUGGAAGAGUAUGUAAAGGAUGCCCCAGAAGCAUUACUGCUUCCCUGGAGAGGUGGCCAACUCGAUGAUGAUAACUACAGUACUCCAAAAGUGAUUGUUGUUCCUGGGGCUAAUGUGGAGACUGAUUCUAAGCAAGACAUUAAUGAAGAAGGAUCAAACCCAUAUGCUGAUUGUCAGGAGGGCACAAAAACUGAGAAGCGUGAUACAGAUGCUGCACCACUGAUUCCUGAUUUGUUGAGCUGGGACGAGCCAAGUCAAGAAGAAUCUAAACAGGAUGCAGGAAAUUCUCUUCCUGAUUCAAUUAUUACACCAGAAGACUUGUCUGAUCCCACGAUAAGUUCAGAGUUGUCAAGUCAAUCACCUAGUUGGGAGCUUGCACUAGCUACAGUACCAGUUGUGGAACCAAGUUCUUACGUGUGCUUAGCUGCACCGAACAAGGGCGGUGUACUGGACAGAUCAAUACUGGACAGUUUAUACGAUACUGCAGUGAUGAAAGCAAAUACAAAUGGACCUUAUCAGAUUGCUAAUGUCUCUUCUAAUCCUUUUGAAGCGGAUGAUUAUAAUCAAGAGAUGUUUUAUGAUCCAAGCCGCGUAGGGCACCCUAGUUUCAUGCAGGUGCAGCAAGCAGCAUUCAUGCAGCAGCAAGCAGCUCCCCAACAAUCACAAGCAGUUGUCCCUUUUGAUUACAUGCAGAUUGCUGGAAUCACCCAACCGCAGCAACCAGCACUUGUACAGAAUCAAGAUUCAUCGUUUACCGGUGAUGAUUUCAUGCAGAUGAUUCCAAUGCCACAACCAGAAGUGUCGAUGAUGAUGCAGCAGCAAGACAUAUCAAUGGUUGGGAUUGAUUCCUCAAAUCCCUUCGGGAAUCCAUUUAUGGAGCAAGUCUCGUUGCCCGUUUCACCUCAGUCCCAACCUUCCACCUUAAGUUUGCUUUGAGUGAAUUGGGUGCAGCCAUUGAGGUGCAUGUUUGCAGUUAGUUUUCUCAGUAUGGUAACAUCAAGGAAUCGUCCAACACAAGUCUACAGGGUAUCUUCCAUCUCCUAUCGACACGAUUUCGGUAUUCUUCAUUCUUUUCUGGAGUAAAUAUAGAGAAAAAUAUGCAGUAAAAAUGCUUUACCACCAUCACUCUCUCUCUCUCUCUUCAGUUCCCAUUGGGUCUGUCCCAUUUAGAUCAAGAAGGUUUUAUGUUGAAGAUGCCUUGUAAUUUUUUGGUAUACCUUUAUAUUUGUAAGAUAUAGAUUAAAGUAGAAUCCAAUGAAUCCAGAAUUAGGUCACUAUCAUCCUUUCUUUCUGAGAAUAUUUGAAGGUUAAUU